AUGGCUAGAGAAAGCAACGCUCCAUUGGAGCCCCUCACACCAGGGGGAAAACCAAACACCCAGCCUCACCCCGCGCAUGUCCAGGAACCUGAAUUCGGAAAACCCUCACCGCUCGGCCGCCCACAACACAGAUCAAACCACCUUUUCAACAUUCCGAAACCGAAUCAAUCUCGCGCCGAACACCAUCGACCCGCCCCUCGGCCGCAGCCGCAACAUCAGCCACAAUCACGCCAAGGUCAGUCAAGUGCUGCACCUCAAGGUUAUCGCCCACCGGGCACUUCGGGUGCCACAGUCGCUACGCCGUCAGUGAAGCGAAGCGAGCCAUGGGAUCCAUUCAAGCCGGUGGCGCCAUCGGCCUACAACAACCCUCGCGGAGGAUUCCAGCAUGGUGCAGUUAGUAUUAAGCGCCCUGAAAAUGUCACUUGGUCAACUCCUCGGGCUCCUAGGCCUAUCUAUCAAUCCAAGCCUGUUCCAUCGAAGAUGGGAGGCGCGUCGAAGAACCUGCAGAAAUUUAUCGACCUCACACGCGAUAUUACUGAUCCUGUUCCAAGAGCAAGCGCCUAUUCGCCGUCAAAAUUCGGGGCUAUGGAUAUGGAUGGCUAUGUGGAUACGGCUAUGGCAAACGAGAACAUCAAAGCUUUGCUUGAAGGCGCAUUCGAGGACGAUGAGGACAACGCUGAGGUGAAACUUAAAGGCAAGAAGAAAAAGAGUGGAAAGAAGAAGUCGAAGAAGACAUCGCAAAAGAAGAAAGAUGAAGUCGUUGUGGACAAGAAGAAGGAACAAGCGAUUGAUGACCUCGAUGAUCUUGCAGCUCAACUUCAAGGGGUCACGGUUAAUGACCCAAAGGAUAGUGAUGACAAGUCUGAAGAUGAUUCAUCUGCCAAGACUGAGCAAAACGACGAAGUUGUCAAACAAGAUGAAGAAGACGAUGAGGCAGCAGAGGAUGAAGAAGAAGAGGAGGAUUCUGACGAUGAAGAAGACGGAUUCGUCGAAGGCUUGAGAGUGACCCUCCUUCCUCAUCAAGUUGAAGGCGUGAGAUGGAUGUGUGACAAAGAGACUGGCCGAAAGACGAGCAAAGGAAUUUUCCCCAAAGGUGGAAUCCUUGCAGAUGAUAUGGGUUUGGGCAAAACAGUGCAAACGAUUGCUUUGCUGCUCAAAAACCGUAAAUCCGACCACGAACACAGCGAUAACACCGAAUCCGACGGCAAGACGACCAAGCUGCCCCCAAACUGCAUUGCUUCUACUCUAGUAAUUGCGCCUCUUGCACUCAUCAAGCAAUGGGAGGCGGAAAUCAAGGAUAAAAUUGAGCCGUCUCACAAGUUGAGUGUUUGCAUCUAUCACGGUGCAACACGCGCAAAGGCUUCAACAACGUUGGACAAAUACGAUGUUGUCAUCACAACGUACGGAACUCUCACCUCCGAAUUCAACUCCUCGGCAUCAGACAAGGCCAAAAAGUCAGGCAUUUUCGCUGUUCAUUGGUACCGUAUCAUUCUCGACGAAGCGCACACGAUCAAGAAUCGUAACGCCAAAGCUACACAGUCCGCAUAUGCAUUGGAUGCCCAAUACCGUUGGUGCUUGACAGGAACGCCAUUGCAAAACAACCUGGAUGAGUUGCAGAGCCUGAUCAAAUUCCUUCGUGUGAAGCCCUAUGACGAUUUGGCCGCAUGGAGAGAUCAAAUCAGCCGGCCUCUGAAUAAUGGCCGUGGAGGUCUCGCCAUUCAGCGACUACAGGUCUAUUUGAAGGCUUUUAUGAAACGGCGCACGAAGGAUGUCCUCAGACUCAACGACAAUGUGAAGCCUGGCGAAGAAGAAGAAGCAGACGGCAAGCCAAAGAAGUCCUCGAAUGGAUUCCACAUCACUAAGCGAGAGGUCAUCAAGGUCGAGCCCGAAUUCAUGCCUGGAGAAUUGAACUUCUACAAACGCCUCGAACAGCGGACGGAGAAUAGUCUUGAGAAAAUGAUGGGCGGUGCUAAGGUCGAUUACGCUGGAGCUUUGGUUCUGUUGUUACGUCUUCGCCAGGCUUGUAAUCACCCCGACUUGGUCAAGGGUGACUUGGCCAAGGACAAGGAUAUUCUUUUGCAGAAUGGCAAUACGAACAGCCAGUCAACACAGCCAAAGCCGGAUGACCUUGACAGCAUGGCUGAUCUCUUUGGAGCAAUGAGCGUUGUCGCAAAGAAAUGCGAUGUUUGCCAAACCGACCUGAAUCCAGGCGAAAUAAAGGCCGGUGCCAGUCGAUGUGGUGAAUGUGAAGCGGAUCUGAAUACCAAUGUUAUGGGCACAGAUAAGAAGAAGAAAAAGAAGAGCCACAAGAAACCUGAUGUUCUAGAUUCCCCAUCAGCCCGCAAAUCAGCUGCCCAGAUCGCUCGUUCUCGCAAAAACCGACGAGUAAUUCUUGACAGUGACGACGAAGAUGAAGAGGAAGGUGAUUGGGUUGUACCUGAUGAUGAGCGCAAGAUGCCUAGCCUCGGGAAAGCAGGUGGUUCAGACGAUGAAAAUGCCGAAGGAGGUGGUGAAUGGCUCGUCUCGGACGACGAAACUGAUGAUGAGAUCGAAUCGCCCUCCAGGAGGAAGAGCAAACCAAUCAUUAUAAGUGAUUCUGAGGAUGAAAGCGAUUCCGAAGCCGAGGACAUCUACAACGAUGAAGGAGAAAACGGAGAGCUUCCAUCCACCAAGAUCCGCCAUCUUAUGCGGAUUCUCAACCGCGAGGCACCAGAUUUCAAGUUCAUCGUCUUCUCCGUCUUCACAUCCAUGCUUGAUAAGAUUGAGCCCUUCUUGAAGAGUGCUAAUAUUGGCUUUGCCCGCUACGAUGGUGGAAUGACCAAUACCCACCGCGAGGCCAGUCUCGAAAAGCUCCGAAACAAUAGUGGCACUCGUGUGCUGCUCUGCAGUCUGCGUGCCGGUGCGUUAGGCCUGAAUUUGACAGCCGCUAGUCGCGUCGUCAUCUUGGAGCCAUUCUGGAAUCCCUUCGUGGAGGAGCAAGCUAUCGAUCGUGUCCAUCGUCUGAAUCAAACUGUCGACGUAAAAAUUUACAAGAUGGUUAUCAAGGGUACCGUGGAAGAACGCAUUAUUGCCCUGCAGGACCGCAAGCGCGAACUGGCCAAUGCUACUAUCGAGGGCAAGGCUGGCGCUGGCAAGCUUACCGUGCGUGACAUGAUGGCGCUCUUCGGUCGUGAUGCAGAAUCACGAUUCACGGACAACCAGAGUCUUCUGGACUUCAAUCAGCCUACUCGACUGCUGAAUAAUGGGGAUGAAACUGAGCCUGUUCAUUCCUCCUCUCGGGAGUCAACACACUCUGACCCGCGCAGCCGGGGAAAGGAGGUCCAGCCUAACCGGCCACGAACUGAAGACUCGGUUUAUGGUCGACGCUGGUAA